AUGUCAAAGGCAUUAGUUUAUGAGGACAGAAAAGGUGUUAUUGGGACCCAUAACUACAACGUUUUUAAAAGCUGCAGCUUCGAAAAAUCUAAGGGAAUUAUGUCAUCGAAUGAAGAAAAUGUCAACGAAGAGAAACUUCACGUAAAAAUGAAGUCUCGGGAAUUGGCUCCAAACGAGAAGGGAGAGGAUGUUGAGGUUGAGAUUGAAGUGAAGGCCAAGUCUACUGAGAAGGUUAAAACAAAGAAAGACGAAGAAGAGAGUGGAGGAAAAUCAAAGAAGGAAAAGAUAAAGAGCAAGAAUGAGGACUCAAAAGUAGAAGAAGAUAAACAUGACAAGAAGAAAGAUGAGAAACAUGUUUCCAAGAAAGGGAAACAUGAAGAAGGGCAUGGAGAUGUGGAGGUUAAAGACAGUGAGGUAAAAGUGCUAGAGCAAGAGAAGGAACACAAGAAGAAAAAGAAGGACAAAGACACGAAACAAGAUGAUGUAUCACAAUCAAAGGAGGAGGUAGAAAAAGAAGAAGGUAGUAAAAAGAAGAAGAAAGAGAAGGAUGAAUCAGGUGUAGAGGUAAAAGAAAAGAAGAAAGAUAAAGAGAAGAAAUCCAAAGAAGAAUCCGAGGGUAAGGAAGACAAGAAGGCAAAAGGAAAGGAUCUAAAUGGUGCUGACAAGAAGAAGGAAGAGAAGAAUGAGCCUGAGGAAGAAGAUGAUGGAAAGAAGAAAAAAGAAAAAAAGGACAAGGAUGAAUCACAACAAAAAGGGGAGUUAGAGGAAGAAGGUAACGAAAAGAAGAAGAAAGAGAAGGAUGAAUCAGGUCCAGAGCCUAAAGAGAAGAAGAAAGGCAAAGAGAAGAAACCAAAAGAAGAAUCCAAGGGUAAGGAAGCCAAGAAGAUGAAAGAAAAAGAUUUGAGUGGUGCAGAUAAGAAGAAGAAGAAGAAGGAAGAGAAGGAUGAGCCUAAGGAAGAAGAUGAAGGAAAGAAGAAAAAAGAAGACGAUCAUAAGGAGGGAAAGGAAAAGAAAAAUAAAGAUAAGGGGAAGAAGAAGGAAACAGACGAGAUAUGUGAGAAAGAAGCAGUUAAUAAAGAUGAGGAUGAACAAGAAUUGAAGCAGAAAAAUAAAAAAGAUUCCAAGAAGCAGAAGGACAAAAAAGAUAACAAAGAAGACAAGAAGGAAGAGAAAAACACUGAAACAGAAGUUUUGUCUAGAGAGAUUAAAUUUGAAGAGCCAGAAGCUAAGGUGGAUGAGAAAGAUGAUAGUCAAGAAAAGAAGAAAGAUAAAGAGAAGGGCAAGAAGAAAGAUAAAAAGGAAACAGAGAAGGAAGAGAAUAAAGAAGAGAAGAAUGCUCAUACUGAAGUUGAAGCAAAAGACAUAAAAAUAGCUGAAGAUGAUGAUGAAGAAAAGGGGAAAAAAUCAAAGAAAAAAGAAAAGAAAGUAAAAGAUGUGAAGAAGCUUGAUGAAACCAAGAAGAAGGGUAAUGAUAUUGGUAAGCUGAAAUUGAAGCUGGAAAAGAUUGAUGUGAAAAUAGGUGCCUUAAUGGAGAAAAAGGCAGAAAUUGUGAAUCAGAUUAAAGAUGCUGAGGGAAACGGUGAAACGUAA